UGAAAAAUAGUGACAUUCCCUUUGCCUGAUUAUAUUUGCAUCGUGCAAUUUGUCCAAUUUGACAAAUUUAGAAUGAAAUAUAGGGAUCAGAUGGUCGAUAUUGGCUGGAUUUUACCGAGAAAUAAUUAUUUCUCGAGGAACUUCCUUGAAUUUCAUUUACCCGAAUAUUGUUCAUCAUGUGUGAUACAAGGAGGACAAUUACAGCAUUAACCACUAAAAGUCAAACAAAUAACAGGAGCAACUACGAAAUAAUCGAAGUAAAGGAACAAGAAAAAGAUGAAAAAAAAACAGGGAAUAGACGAAGACUACGUAGGAAAUCUUUGGUUCUUCAUUCAGCAUCGUUAAUCGUAUUACACAUAUUGGACGCAGUGCUUCUAAUCAUUCUCCUACCGUUCAUCAUCUGGCAAUGGAUUUCUGCCAACGAUCGUUUGAAGGUCACGCUGGAAUUAAUUAUGUGGUUGAUCUUUGCCGGAGUGUCCAUUCUUAUGACCACAACGUUCGUUCUGGAUGACAUUUACCACGGAAAAAGUUGCUAUGAAAAAGCUAGACAAACGAACACUGGGAAUGAACCAACGAGCAGCAGAAAAACGCCGAGUUCUUCCAAAAGCCAAGACAAUUUGUGUACUCCUGAAAACUGA